GAUCAGCUAUAAGACAGCUUACCGGCGGGGAGUGAGGACCAUGUAUAGGCGCCGCUCGCAGUGUUGCCCUGGUUACUUUGAGAGCGGAGACUUGUGUGUUCCUCUGUGCACAGAGGAAUGUGUCCAUGGUCGCUGUGUGUCUCCUGAUACAUGCCAGUGUGAGCCUGGAUGGGGCGGGCUGGAUUGCUCCAGUGGUUGUGAGAGUGACUACUGGGGACCUCAUUGCAGUAAUCGGUGCCAGUGCCAAAAUGGGGCGAAGUGUAACCCCAUCACAGGUGCCUGUGUCUGCACUGAUGGGUACCAGGGAUGGCGUUGUGAGGAGCCCUGUGAGCACGGUUACUAUGGCAAAGCAUGCCAACUACCCUGCCAGUGUCUCAAUGGUGCCACCUGCAACCACGAGACAGGGGAGUGCAUCUGUGCACCAGGGUACUCAGGAGCUUUCUGUGGAGAGCGCUGCCCCUCCGGUAGUCACGGGCCCCAGUGUGAGCAGCGCUGCCCCUGUCAGAAUGGAGGAACAUGCCACCACAUCACUGGAGAUUGUUCCUGCCCUGCCGGGUGGACGGGCUCAGUUUGUGCCCAGCCCUGUCCUCUUGGCAAGUACGGCAUCAACUGCAGCAAAGACUGCUCCUGUCGUAAUGGUGGACUGUGCGACCACAUCACGGGGCAGUGCCAGUGCGCAGCUGGCUUCAGUGGACGCAGGUGUCAGGAUGACUGUCCUGUGGGAACCUUUGGUCCGCAGUGUAACCAGAGGUGUGAGUGUCAGAAUGGAGCCAAGUGUCACCAUAUCAAUGGAGCCUGUCUGUGUGAAACAGGAUUUAAAGGGCCUAAUUGCCAAGAGAGAUUCUGUCCCCCAGGCCUCUACGGCCUCAUCUGUGACAAGUACUGCCCCUGUAAUACCACCAACACUGUGAGCUGCCACCCACUUUCUGGUGAAUGCACCUGCUCUGCGGGAUGGACAGGGCUUUACUGUAAUGAAACCUGCCCGCCUGGAUACUAUGGAGAGGGAUGCAUGCUGCCUUGCAGCUGUGCCAAUGGAGCUGACUGCCAGCCUGUCACAGGUGCCUGUAUAUGUGCCCCUGGGUUCAUGGGCGAAGACUGUGCUACAGUGUGUCCUCCCGGUCUAUAUGGACCGAACUGCAUGUCCACCUGCUCCUGCCAUAAUCAUGCAUCCUGCUCUCCUGUCGAUGGCUCCUGCAUCUGCAGGGAAGGAUGGCAGGGAGUGGACUGCUCCAUCCUCUGUUCCAGUGGUACGUGGGGUCUGGGCUGUAAUCAAACAUGCUUAUGUGGCAAUGGAGCUGCAUGUGACCCUAUGGAUGGCACCUGCACAUGUUCUCCAGGGUGGAGGGGAGAGCACUGCGAUGAGUCCUGCCCUGAUGGCACCUAUGGGUUGGAGUGCCGUGAGCGCUGUGACUGUACCCAUGCAGAUGGCUGUGACCCAGUGAGUGGCUACUGCCGCUGCUACCCUGGCUGGACAGGAAUCCACUGUGAUAAUGUGUGCCCACAAGGCUUCUGGGGACCCAACUGUUCAGUCAGCUGCUCCUGUCAGAACGGAGGAUCCUGCUCUCCGGAGGAUGGUACAUGUGUGUGCGCACCUGGGUACAGAGGGACCUCCUGCAAAAGAAUCUGCUCUCCAGGUUUCUACGGGCAUCGCUGCAGCCAGUCGUGUCCACAGUGUGUCCACAGCACCGGGCCCUGCCAUCAUAUCACGGGCCACUGUGAAUGCCUGUCCGGCUUCACUGGCUCUCUGUGCAACCAAGUGUGUCCAAGCGGCAGGUACGGGAGGGCCUGCGCUGAGAUCUGCCUCUGCACCAACAACGGCACCUGCAACCCUAUCGAUGGCUCCUGCCAAUGCUUCCCUGGUUGGAUAGGAGAGGAUUGCUCUCAGGCCUGUCCCUCUGGGCACUGGGGCCCUGAUUGUCUCAACUCGUGUAACUGUCACAACGGAGCCCAGUGCAGUGCCUACGAUGGGGAGUGCAGGUGCAGCCCUGGCUGGACCGGACUCUACUGCACACAGCGCUGUCCUUCAGGGUUCUACGGCAGGGAUUGCUCUGAAGUCUGUCGCUGCCAAAACGGCGCAGACUGCGACCACAUCACUGGCCAGUGUGCUUGCCGAACGGGCUUCAUUGGGACGAGCUGUGAGCAGAAGUGUCCUGCUGGCACAUUUGGAUAUGGUUGCCAGCAGCUGUGUGAGUGCCUGAACAAUGCUACCUGUGACUAUGUGACUGGAACAUGCUACUGCAGCCCUGGAUAUAAAGGCAUCCGUUGCGAUCAAGCAGCUCUGAUGAUGGAGGAGCUGAACCCGUACACCAAGAUUAGUCCAGCACGAGGUUCGGAACGGCAGUCGGCAGGGGCUGUCAUGGGCAUCAUCUUCCUCCUCCUCAUCAUCAUGGCCAUGCUCAGUCUGUUUGUGUGGUACAGACAGAGGCAGAGGGACAAAGGCCACGAGAUCCAGCCCAGCGUGUCGUAUACACAGGCGAUGCACAUCAACAACACUGACUAUUCCCUGUCUGAGUGUGGCAGUACUGUAGCAAUGAGGACCAGUGCUGCAGACGUCAAUCAGAGCCAGAGCAGCAGCAACAGUGGCCAGUGCUUCUCCAACCCCAGUUACCACACUGUGGCCCAGUGUAAUGUUGUCUCGACCAUUUCCAGCAAUCUGGAUGGCACCCUGACCCUCAAAUCAAGCACACUGAAAAGCAGAAAUGGCUCAGAGUGGAGAGCUUACUGCAACCUCAAUGACCUAGAUGUUCAACAGGGAGAGACACAGACACAGAGAGGGUCGAGAAAGGCUACUGCAGAUUACAUCAAGGGCUCCAUGUGCAGCAACAGCUCCUGCUCUCUGAAUAGCGAGAAUCCAUAUGCCACCAUUAGAGACCCACCAGGGCUGGCUUGCAAGCAUACAGAGAGCAGUUAUGUGGAGAUGAAGUCCCCCUCCCACCGCGAAGUGCCCUUUGGAGGCACUGCCACCCUCCUGGGCAGUGCUAGCAGGAAUGUCUAUGAUGUUGAGCCAACGGUGAGCGUCCUGCAGGGACCCAAUGGAAUGGCCACCGGCUUUUCCCAGAGCCCCUAUGACCUUCCCCGCAGCAGCCACAUCCCCAGCCACUAUGAUAUACUGCCCAUGCGUCACAGCCCCACACACACACCCCCGCCGCCCCCAGAAAGCCCCAGCUCCCUGCUCUAG